GUGUGUUAUCUGAUCUGUCAACUACGUGUUUUAUGUUUACGAAUUGUAAGGUCUAAAUAUAUUUAACUUUAUUCACAAAAAAAAUAUAUACGUCAAAGAUAUUGUUAUAAACAUUUAAUAUUGUUUUGCACGUCUUUACGAUGUCAAAUGUAAAAAUAAAGGUUAUAAGUAGAAACCCUGAAGAUUAUUUACGGUCUACUAAAAGGGAUAUUCACAAACUUCCAAGAAAUUAUGAUCCAAGUUUACAUCCCUUAGAAGCACCCCGCGAAUAUGUAAGAGCAUUGAAUGCUGUUAAGCUUGAAAAAGUAUUUGCUAAGCCUUUUAUUGGAUGUCUUGAUGGACAUAGAGAUGGAGUUUCAUGUAUGGCAAAACAUCCUAAUAAGCUUGCAUUACUAGCUAGUGGUGCAUUUGAUGGCGAAAUAAGACUUUGGGAUUUAGCUCAAAGAAAAUGUUCCCGAAAUUUCGUGGCACAUGAAGGAUGGGUUCGUUCUAUAUGCUUCACACCAAGUGGGGAAACAUUUACUAGUGUUGGUGAUGACAAAACAAUAAAAACAUGGAAAUCACAAACCCAAUCACCUGAGGAUGAGGAACCUGUCAACACUUUACUCAGUAUGUCUGUGGUAUCAGGUAUUACACACCACAGGAAUAAACCAAUUUUUGCUACAUGCGGUGAACAUUGCCAACUGUGGGAAAAUACAAGGAAUGAACCCAUUAAAGUCUUUAAAUGGGGAGUAGAUAGCCUUCAUCAUGUUGCAUUUAAUCAGGUUGAAUAUAACUUAUUAGCAUCAUGUGCAAGUGACAGAAGUAUAAUACUUUAUGACUGCAGAGAAUCUGGGCCAUUGAGAAAAGUUGUAAUGGAACUCAGGUCAAAUGCUCUGUCAUGGAAUCCAAUGGAGGCUUUUAUAUUUACUGUAGCUAAUGAAGAUUAUAACUUAUACACAUUUGAUGUGAGGAAACUUAAUCAACCUAUCAACAUUCACAUGGAUCAUACAUCAGCUGUCAUAGAUGUGGACUACUCACCAACUGGACGAGAGUUUGUAGCAGGCAGUUACGACAAGACUGUAAGGAUAUUUGAAAGUUUAAAGGGACACUCAAGAGAUGUCUAUCACACAAAGAGAAUGCAAAGGCUCACUUGCGUCAAAUGGUCUUUGGACAAUAAAUACAUAUUGACAGGGUCUGAUGAGAUGAAUAUCAGAAUGUGGAAGGCAAGAGCAUCUGAAAAACUUGGUGUUCUUAAACCUCGUGAAAGAACAGCACUUAAUUAUGCAGAUGCAUUAAAAGAAAAGUUUGCUAACCAUCCACAAAUCAAGAGGAUAGCUCGGCACAGGCAUGUGCCAAAACAUAUUAUGAAUGCGCAGAAGGAACUGAGAACAAUUCGAGAGAAGUCAAAGAAGAAAGAAGCAAACCGUCGCGCGCACAGCAAGCCUGGUGCCGUGCCAUAUGUACCAGAGAGGAAGAAACACAUUGUCAAAGAAGACCAGUAACAUGUAUAAUCUUUUUCAUUAUAAUUUUGACUUUA